AUGAAAUUUUCGCCAUUUAGGCUGCUGACGGAUGAUUUUCCGCGGCGUGCGUACGUGCCGUCGCACUCAGCAACUUUGGAGAACGUGGUGGUGAAGGGGCUUCACUUCGGGCAGCGCAAGUUGCUCCUCUCAGAGGUUGAGUUUCUCUCGGCGUACAUGGAAGCACCAAGGGCCUCCAACAAAGCGCUGCUAGUGGUGUACGCCGGUGCGGCUAACGGCUCACACCUUCCAUUUCUUUUUGGGCUUUUUGCGACGAUAAAAUUCAUCCUCAUUGACCCUGCCCCCUUUUGUGCGGAGGUGCGAGAGAUUGCAAAGGACAGGAAAGGGUCUGUUUUGGAGUUGGUGGAGGGGUACUGCACGGAUGAGCUGUGUCUUCGGUUAUCGCGCGCGUACAGCUCCGAGUAUGACAUCCUGCUGGUGAGCGACAUUCGCUCUGGCGAGCCAGUGACGCAGUCGAACAAGGAAAAUACGGCCAUGAUUAUGCGUGAUAACGAGAUGCAGCGGAGUUGGUGUUGGUCGCUUAAGGCGGAGGCGGCUUUACUGAAGUUCCAUCCACCCUAUCCUCGCUGCAAGGAUGCCGCGUCGCGUUAUUACGACGCCGCCGAUGAUACCCCCGACUCUGUGGAGUACAUGGACGGCAGUCGUCUCUUCGGGGUUUGGGCGCCCAAGUCCUCCUCGGAGGUGCGCCUUUGCGUCGAAGGGCCGUUUGUUCCCGGCGCAACGGUCCCCAUGCGGCAGUACGACUGCACUCUGCACGAGGAGCAAUGCUACUUUUACAACACCGAGGAUCGCUACGCUCGUGACUGCGCGGCAGAGAGGGAUAUCUUGACACGCUACUUGAAGGCAAAUCCCGACGCGUACCCCGGCGGAGUAGUUAGUUUAUCUAAUGCCAUUAGUAAGUUUCUGCAGUUCCCACUUUUUGUUCCACUCGAUCCCUCCUUCACGGAGAGCGAGGCACGGUGGGUGACCCUCGCGUAUUCGGCGCGCGACCCCAAGUGCCUGGAGUGGAUUGAGCCGCUGCGGGGACUGAUGACGCUGGACGUCAUUCGGGAUUUGGUCAAGCGGCACCGCAACGACAGCGCCGUCCCGUCGGAGGCGACGGUCGGGCCCGUGACUCUCUCGAGGGAGUUCUGGAGGGUCAUGUGCGCUGGCGACCUGGCGGGGGCCUACGGCCUCCCGCCGAUUCGUUGGCGGUUUGCCGCACAGAUAUUGUCACGUCGGCCGAAACGAACGCGCCCGUAG